UGGUUUAAAAAAAGUCUGUAGGCUGUGCUGUUUGUGCGAAGAGGAGGGCUCUAGAGACUCAACUUUGGCUCCUUCUUUUACUCUACUUUGGUCACAGCCUUUCCACUUCGGCCCCCACUACAACACCGUCGAUCAAGGCCAGCCACACUGACCGACUGGGGAACCUGUCAAUACGGCACAAAACCACCGCGGGCUCGUGUUGUGUGUGUUUUUUUUCACUAACAUGGCGGGUGGAGACUGUCGAUACUGACUUGUUUUUUACACGCCGGAUCGACGAGCGUUUACUCGCGCGCGAGGAGAAAAAGGUCGCUUCGGAAGACGAACUUUAGGUGAAGUUUGCGUGGCAAGCGGCACACAAAUGUUGGCUACUUCUGGGACCUACGCCAACAAGAAGAGGAAGAAACCAGUCCUCAAACAAAAAAAAGUAAAGGAUGGGAAUGAAGUCAUCAAAUCCAACCCGUCCAAGCGCCACCGGGACCGGCUGAACGGGGAGCUGGACCGUCUGACAGACCUGCUACCCUUUUCCGAGGAUGUUCGUUCCUGUCUGGACAAACUGUCUGUCCUUCGCCUCAGUGUCGGAUACCUGCGAGUCAAGAGUUAUUUCAAAGCCACGAUAAAGAACAACACAAGCAGUGGAUUUCCUGCAGCCAACAACGCUUCCAAUGGGAACAACUUGGUGACCCAAGGCUUCUCUGAGGGAGACCUCCUACUCCAGGCGCUGAAUGGCUUUGUGCUGGUCGUCACAUCCGAGGGGUACGUGUUCUAUACCUCGCCCACCAUCAAAGAGUACCUAGGCUUCCAGCAGUCGGACGUGGUCCACCAGAGCGUGUUUGAGCUCAUCCACACGGAUGACCGUGCCACGUUCAGGCAGAACCUCCACUUUGCGCUAAAUCCACCUGACACAGGUGGACAAGGUUUGGGGGAGUGCACGAACACAGAGUUCUACAGUCCUGAUCAACUUCCUCCAGAAAACUCAUCCUUCCUGGAGAGAGGUUUUGUGUGUCGCUUCCGUUGCCUCCUGGACAACUCGUCUGGCUUUUUAGCUCUCAAGUUCCAGGGACGACUUAAGUACCUGCAUGGCCAAAACAUCUUCAGGGACAAUGGGUCACACAUCAAACCGCAGCUUGCGCUCUUUGCCAUUGCCACACCCGUUCAGUCUCCAUCCAUUGUAGAGAUACGCUCCAAAAUGUUGCUCUUUCAGACCAAACACAAGAUGGAUUUCACACCGAUGGGCGUUGACAACAGGGGGAAGGUUAUUUUGGGCUAUUCAGAGACAGAGCUGUGCAUGAAAGGUUCCGGCUACCAGUUUAUCCACGCCGCUGACAUGAUGUACUGUGCCGACAACCACAUGCGCAUGAUUAAAACUGGAGAAAGCGGCCUGACGACGUUCCGUCUCUUGAGUAAGUCAGGAAGCUGGGUUUGGGUCAAAGCCAACGCCAAGCUGAUCUACAAAGGAGGAAGACCCGACUUCAUCAUCGCCUACCAGCGAGCUAUAGUCAAUGCUGAGGGCGAGGACUACCUCCGCCAGAGGAGGUUGCAGCUGCCAUUCAGCCUCACCACGGGCGAGGCUGUGCUUUACAACACUGGCCCAACCAUGGACCUCACGCAGACGCAGUUCAACAAAAAGUUUAACAACAAUGAUGACAUGGAUGUCAGCAAGGAGACGCAUUUCCCCCGCUCACUCCUGGAUUGCUUCCUUCGGCAGGAUGAGUCCGCCUACAGGCACACGCCAGAGGUGCACUUUCCUGUGGAUCAGGUCUUCAUGGACAGUCGAGCGCUGGUGAGCGUGCCCAGUAAUGCUUGGAAGGACACAGGCAUGGGGGCCACUUCCAGCGCCCCCAUUGUGGUAAAGGAGGAGGCUAAGCAGUCAGUGAUGGCUAUGAUCGACAACCUGCAAGAGAUGGCGCAGAAGGGUGACUUCUGCAGCGCCCUGGAGAAUCUGGAGGUGGAUGACUCAGAGCUGAUGCAGUGGCAGGAGUCUCUCAAGCGCUUGGGUCAGGAGGACGACCAGCAGGACAGUGUGCAGUCCGAGUUGGAUAACGUCCUCAUCAACGAGAUAUUCAACCAUAUUGAUUCCGUUUUGUUCAAGGAAAAUGGUGACGAGUGCCCUGCCGCUUGCUUAAAGCAGGACACGUUCAUGCAACCACAGCAGCAGUUCCCAACACUGUCCCAGGAUGGGAAUUUCCCUCAAACCAACGGCUUCUACACAGCUCAAACCUUGGUGGGAUCUGCUUCGGCUUUCAGCAGUGGCCAGAAACCUUUCCACUGUGGACCUCUGCCAGGUGCCACGAAUGAGCACCAGGUUUCUUUCCAGCAGCUGCAACUUCAGGACAUUUUCAGCCCAGAAAUAGAACUCCCAGAACUUAUUGUGCCUGACUCUUCUGCUCGUGGUGCUCCGGUCCUCUUUCCAAGCUUUGAACAGCAGCAGCAGCCGAUUCUACAUCAACAGAAUAAUAUAUACUCUGUGGAGCCACACACAAUUCCUUGCCAUGACUUGAACAAUCACAAUGCCGCCAUCCCUGACCCGAUAACUUGUCCUCCUACGUGGUCGCAGGGCCAUUACAAGAUGCCCCAUUCAUCCGUUACACUCAACGGUCUAGUUCUGGAAAGCCAAACAUUCCCAUGUAACGACCCCAGGCCAAGAGCAGUCAACGGUCUGGACCAAGCUCAGGAGGGCAUGCCGAUGUGCGACCGGGUGGCCAAUCAAAGAAGCUGCAUGUACGUGCAACCACUGACGCUUGCACAGACCUCGUGCCACAGGGGAACGUGCCUUAAUCAAAGUCCCCUGCAGACCUGCUGCUCCAUAAAGUGGGGUAACAGUCAGCCUGUGGUGGAUACAUCAGCCACCACCCAGGAGAAUGCCAACAUCAGUCCCAUGCCAUCCAACGUCAAUGUCGGCAUGAGUCUUUAACCAUCUUUGCUUCCAGGAAUGAUAAGUGCAGAUGGAGCAGUCUUCACUUUGUCAUCGUCAUGUGGCUGCCAGUGAUGUUGGCAACGGUUGGCAGCCCCCCUCACAUGCAGUAUCGGCGCUUAAUCGCUGACUCUCGCACUUACUUUCACAUAUAUCCUCUCUUGUGUGUGUCUCAUAUUUACUCACAUGAAACGUCUGUAUCAGAGGAAUGAAGAAUGAAGACGUGAAUGGAAACAACCAAAGAUUUUAAUUUUUACAAGGGAAACCAAUAUCUGUGGACAUAUAUUGACAUUUUGGAUUAUAACAAAGACACAAAAGCACGCACACACACACACACACACACACACACAUACACAUAUAUAUAUAUAUAUAUAUAUAUAUAUAUAUAUAUAUAUAUAUAUAUAAAAAUUUCCUCGUCUCACCACCCCCUCGGGUGGUGUCCGUACCUCAUUCACCUCGGGCCCUCUACCAGAGGCCAGAAAGCUUGAUGGUUCUGCGCAGUAUCCUUGCUGUUCCCAACACUGCACAUUUCUGGACUGAGAUGUCCGAUGUUGUUACCGGGAUCUGUUGCAACCACUCAUCUAGUUUGGGGGUCACUGCCCCGAGUGCUCCGACCACCACAGGCACAACUGUUAGAUUUACUUUCCAGGCUCUCUCCAGCUCCUCUCUGAGCCCUUGGUAUUUCUUGAGUUUCUCGUAUUCCUUCUUUCUGAUGUCUCCAUCACUUGGGACCGCUACAUGCACUACAACGGCUUUCCUCUGCCCUUUAUCUAUGAUCACAAUAUCUGGUUGGUUCGCCAUUACCAUUUUGUCAGUCUGGAUCUGGAAGUCCCACAGGAUCUUAGCUCUGUCAUUCUCCACCACCUUCGGAGGUGGUCCCCCCCAUUUUGACCUUGGGGUUUCCAGUCCAUACUCCGCACAGAUGUUUCGGUAGUCUAUGCCAGCCACCUGGUUAUGGCGUUCCAUGUACGCUUUCCCUGCCAGCAUCUUACACCCUGCAGUUAUGUGUUGGAUCAUCUCAGGUGCCUCUUGUCUGGUGUGGUAUAUCUGGGCCUCAAUGGCUCUGGUGCUCAGGGCCUGCUCUUGAGCAGCCAGAAUGAGUGCCUCUGUGCUGUCCUUCAGGCCAGCCCUCUCUAGCCACUGAUAGGACUUCUUGAGAUUGGCCACUUCAGUUAUGGUCCGGUGGUACAUCCCGUGUAGGGGCUUGUCCUCCCAUGAAGCUCCCUCUUCCAGCGCCUCAUCUUCUGUUCCCCAUUGUCUGAGACAUUCUCUGAGUACGUCAUCCGUUGGAGCCUUCUCCUUGAUGUAUUCAUGAAGCUUGGAUGUUUCAUCCUGGACAGUGGCUGUCACACUCACUAGUCCCCGGCCUCCUUCCUUUCGGCUUGCGUACAGUCUCAGGGUGCUCGAUUUGGGAUGGAACCCUCCAUGCAUGGUGAGGAGCUUUCGGGUCUUAACGUCCGUGGUCUAAAUCUCUUCCUUUGGCCACUUUAUUAUUCCUGCAGGGUAUCUGAUCUCUGGCAUGGCAUAGCUGUUUAUUGCCCGGGUCUUAUUCUUGCCAUUGAGCUGGCUUCUUAGGACUUGCCUCACUCGCUGGAGGUAUUUGGCCGUAGCCGCUUUCCUUGUUGCCAGUUUGAGGUUGCCAUUGGCUUGUGGUAUACUGAGGUACUUGUAGCUGUCCUCAAUGUCUGCUAUUGUUCCUUCAGGGAGUGAGACCCCUUCAGUGCGGACUACCUUUCCUCUCUUAGUCACCGUCUGACUACAUUUCUCAAGCCCCAAUACAAUACAAUACAAUACAAUACAAUACAAUACAAUACAAUACAUGCUGAUUUAUAUAGCGCUUUCACAACAGCGGCAGCUGUAACAAAGCGCUUAACAAAACAGUUAACAUAAAGUAAAAUGAUAAACACAACACAUAACAUAAAACACGGACAGUCGUGCAAUAUAUAAUAUGUGUGUGUGUGUGUGUUUGUGUGUGUAUAUAUAUAUAUAUAUAUAUAUAUAUAUAUAUAUAUUAGAGCUGUCAAACGAUUUAAAUGUUUAAUCUAAUUAAAAAUGCAACUGUCAUAAUUAACUCAAAUGGACUAAAAAAUUAAUACUACUCACACAUUUUUUAUUGUUUCUGAAUUUCCUUUUACAUUUUUUGUCCUAUUUUCCCCCAUUUUAAUGCUCUCAUCAACAUGGAAUCAUGAAUCAGUUUUCUAUGUGCCAAAUGCAAAUAUUUCCUGAAAUAACAAUUUUCGAUUUUCAAUUUUACAUGAACAUUUUUCACUUGGAGCAGUUAUUCACGCAUAAUCUCUCACACAAUAUUACUGUCCCUCAACAACAGUGAAAACAAUAUUUUGUCACACAACAGCUGCUUUAACAGCUUUUUUUAUGAAAUCAAAACACAGCAAUAUAACAUUAUAAAGUGCACAUCUAAGGCAAUCUAGUACUCAUCCUACAGUAGAUUUAAACCAUGGUUGCAUACUUUGUUUUUCUCAAGUUUACUUUGAACACAGCAGUCUGUUUCUGAAUGUUUGUUGAAGAAUAACGAGACACCGGACACCAGUGUUCACUCCCCCUAACAUAGUCAGGCUAUGUUGAUUGUGUUGGUCCUUCUUGUGCGGAAGUCUCUCUACAGUUUUUGUGUAGACCUCAUUUCGAAUGACUACACUUGGUUCGAUGACAACACUAGAGACGUUUUAUUUUCGCUAGGUCGCUACCACUGUCAGACAAACACAGAGAACCUCCACACGCUCGAUUUAUAUGGACGCAGAACACUGUAACCUUCCACACAAAAUAAUUCCAAACAAGCAACAAUCGUGUCAGUGGCAUACAUCGUAUAUCUGUAUGUUACAGAGAGAGAGAAGAACAGAUAACUUUGCUCUUGUCAGUGGAACAAUCGGGCAACUUUUUAAAAGUAAACUUUCCAUUCAUAAACUCUUUAAGUAUCCGUUUUCUGUGUCUCGUGGCUGGCAAAACAGACAUGGGAGUGUACUUCUGCAGUGCACUUGUUGUUUUGUUCUGAUGUAUUUAUAGAGCAACGUAACAUCCGCUUGUGACGUGUGCCCUGUUAAUCUCGCGAGAAAAAAAUUAAUCCCGUUAGAUAUAUAUACACAUAUAUAUAUAUGUGUGUAUAGAGAGAGCGAGAGAGAGAGAGAUAUCCCCCCCCUCUCUCUCUCUCUCUCUCUCUCUCUCUCUAUAUAUAUAUAUAUAUAUAUAUAUAUAUAUAUAUAUAUAAUAUAUAUAUAUAUAUAUAUAAUGUAUGUAUUAGAGCUGUCAGUUUAGUGCGUUUUUAUUGGCAUUAAUUUAAAUGAAUUUUAACGGGAUUAAAAAUUUUCUUGCGAGAUUAACGCGGCACACGUCACAAGCGGAUGUUAGGCUGCUCUAUAAAUACACCAGAAACAAAACAACAAGAGCGCUGCAGAAGUCCACGCCAGCGCGAGACACCGAAAACGGAUACUUAAAGAGUUUAUGAAUGGAAAUUUUACUUUUAAAAGGUUGCCAUAUUGCUCCACUGACAAGACCAAAGUUAUCUGUUCUUCUCUCUCUCUCUGUAUCAUACAGGAUGUAUGCCACUGACACGAUUGUUACUUGUUUGGAACUAUUUUGUGUGGAAGGUUACGUGUCCAUAUAAAUACAGCGGGUGGAGCUUCUCUGUGUUCGUCUGACAGUGACAGUGCGCUACAGUGGUAGCGACCUAGCGAAAGUAAAAUGUCUCCAGUGUUGUCAUCGAACCAAGUGUAGUCAUUCGAAAUGUGGUCUACACAAAACCGUAAAGAGAGACUUCCGCGCAAGAAGGACCAACACAAUCAACAUAGCCUGACUAUGUUAGGGGGAGUGACCCCCCCCCCCCCUCCCCUUUCAGAAUGGUUUGCCCCUGCAGCACGGGAGAAGUGUGUGUGCUUGUUUGUAAGACCGGCAGUUUCGAAUACAGCGGCACAUAAUGAGCACUGGUGUCCGGUGUCUCGUUAUUCUUCAACAAACAUACAGAAACAGACUGCUGUGUUGAAAGCAAACUUGAGAAAAAUUAAGUAUGCAACCAUGGUUUAAAUCCACUAUAGGCUGAGUACUAGUGUACGUUAGAUGUGCACUUUAUAAUGUUAUAUUGCUCUGUUUUGAAUUCAUAAAAAAAGCUGUUAAAGACGCUGUUGUGUGACAAAAUAUUUUUUUCACCGUUAUUGAUGGACAGUAAUAUUGUGUGAGAGAUUAUGUGUGAAUAACUGCACCAAGUGAAAAAUGUUCAUGUAAAAUUGAAAAUCGAAAUUGUUAUUUCAGUAAAUAUUUGCAUUUGGCACAUAGAAAACUGAUUCAUGAUUCCAUGUUGAUGAGAGCAUUAAAAUGGGGGAAAAAUAGGACAAAAAUGUAAAAGGAAAUUCAGAACCGAUAAAAAAUGUGUGAGUAAUCACGAUUAAUUUUUUACUUCGAGUUAAUUAUGACAGUUGCAUUUUUAAUUAGAUUAAAUAUUUGAAUCGUUUGACAGGUCUAAUAUAUAUAUAUAUAUAUAUAUAUAUAUAUAUAUAUAUAUAUAAUGUAUGUGUGUGCGUGCGUGCGUGCGUAUCUUCAGUGGCCAUGACAAGAAAAUGUUUUUGUAUCCUUCAUUAAGGGAACAUUUUCUUCAGUGGCUAUUCCGCUUGCAAGAACUCCAGGAAUCCCAUCAUCAUAAACAUCUCACUGUGAACGCCCUCAUUGUGGCAGCUUUGACCUGUAUUGAUCGAUCGAUCUAUCUAUCCCCUUGUAAGUGCAAGAUGGAAGAAGAAUGGAAGAACUCGUAUUACUCAGUGAAACUGAAAAAUCAAGCCUAAGGGACGUCUUGUUUCAAGACUGGAGCCACUUAAACCACCAAAUGUAUGUCUAAAUAAUAUGCUUCACUUUUAUGUAGCCUAAUUAUAUUCGUCAUUAUUAUCAUGUUUUGUCAUUGUAAUCCUUUUUUGUCAACUUGUCAAUUUUUUUCAUAAAUAUGAAUAUGUGCAUAUAAUCAUUUGAAAA